AUGGCCGCCGACAAGCCUGCCGCGCCGCCAACCGUGGAGCGUGACGGAAAACUGUUCAGAAGCGUCCGCGAAGGAAAAGCUGCCAUACUGGUCCCCCAAGACGCCGCGGCUGCCGAGAACACGUCGGAGGAGCAGCAGGUCUUCUACAACCCGAUCCAGCAGUACAACCGCGACUUGUCGACUCUGGCGGUCAAGGUGUACGGAGAAACGCUGCUGGAGAAGAGAAGGCAGGCGUUCAAACUCAAGGACUCGAGGCAAGGGAAGAAAAGAAAGCGAGACCAAGUCGAACCAGACGAAGCUGAAACGGCCGUCGACCCGCAGCAGGCAGACGAGCAAGGAGCAGCAGCGACUGACGCGGCGGAGAACGGCGGUCACGCACACAAGCCGCCGUUUAAAAUCCUCGACGCCCUCUCUGCGUCUGGUCUGCGGGCUCUGAGAUAUGCGCUCGAGAUUCCCUUUGUGACUUCGGUCACUGCCAACGACCUGUCCCCGUCUGCCGCCGACUCGAUCAGGCAGAACGCCGAGUACAACGAGGCGACGGACAAGCUCAAAGUCACCAAUGACGACGCCCUAGCUCUCAUGUAUCGUUCGAUUGCCGCCGACCUGUCCAAGAGAGAUAAGCGCGGGAACCCUAGCAGGUCGCACAAGUUUGAUGUCAUCGACCUGGACCCGUACGGAACGGCCGCCCCCUUCUUCGACGCCGCCAUCCAGGCCGUGCGGGAUGAUGGCGGCUUGCUCGUGGUCACCUGCACGGACAGCGCCGUGUGGGCAGGCCACAGCUACUGCGAAAAGACGUUUGCCCUGUACGGCGGCGUUCCCGUGAAAGGAAUGCAUUCUCACGAAGUCGCCUUGCGCCUGAUUCUCAACUCGGUUGCGGCCUCUGGGGCCAGAUACGGCCUGGCCAUCGAACCCUUGCUGUCGCUGUCGAUUGACUUUUACACCAAAGUCUUUGUCAAGGUGACGCGAUCGCCCUCGGCCGUCAAGUUCCUCGGCGCCAAGACCAUGCUGGUCUACAGCUGCGACGCGGGCUGCGGCUCCUGGGAGACGCAGCCGAUCCUGAAGAGCAGGCCGUUCCCCAACAAAAAGGGCAACGGAUCCUUCUACAAGCACACAAUGGCGCAGGGGCCGAGCGCCGACCGCUUCUGUCAGCACUGCGGAUUCAAGAUGCACGUCAGCGGACCCAUGUACGGCGGCCGCAUCCACUCGCAAGACUUUAUCCACCGCCUGCUGGACGAGAUUCCCAAGGCGUCGACCGAGACAUACGGGACGUUGCCCAGGUUGGAGGGCAUGCUGAGAACCGCGCUCGAAGAGUAUCUGCCGGGUCCGGAGCUCCCCACCGGUGUCGACCCCAGGGACGCCGAGGCGGCCGUCGUCGAUCACACGCCCUUCUUCUUCAUUCCCGGCAAGGUCGCCAGCGUCCUGUCCUGCUCCACCCCUACAGACGACAUGUUUCGAGGAGCGCUCCUGCACCUGGGCUAUCAAGCCGGACGAAGCCACUGCCGCCCCGGAAGCAUCAAGACCGACGCUCCGUGGUCGACAAUCUGGUGGAUCCUGACGGAAUGGAUCAAGCAAAAGUCACCCGUCAAGGUUUCCAAGUUCAAGGAGUCGAUGGCUGCUUGGAAGAUCCUGCAACGUGCCGGGAUCGUUGGACAGCAGCAAAAGACUUUGGACGGGGCGCAAGGUCACGAUGCUCCGGAGCCCGGCACCAACGGCGCCAGCGAGAUGGAAGCCGACGAGGCGCCGCCGCAGCGGGACAGAGUGGAUGCAAGCCCAGCAUCAGGAGAAAACGGCCUCGGGGACGGCCUUUUGCCGACCGAGGAGGAGCUGCGGAGGACGCUUGUUUUCGACGACGCCCUGGUUAAGCUUGGCCGCCAAAAGGGCACCCGGUACAUGCGGUACCAAGUAAACCCGCACAAAUAUUGGGGACCAAUGACGAGAGCCAAGGGCUAG